AUGUGGCGCUACAAGCUGCUGCGGGAGGAGCACACAUCAUGUGAGGUCAACCCUGCACCGAGCAGAAGCGCGGAUAUUCUGGAGGAAACCGGGACGCACAGAAACAUGACAGGACACAUCCUGGCUGAAUCGGUCCGGAGCCCUCGUCCCCAUGACACAGCUGCCAUUCAAAUUAAUGUGGGUGGUUUUAAGAAACGUCUUCAAUCUGACACUUUAUCUCGCUUUCCUGAGACUCGACUGGCCCGCCUCCUUCAAUGUCAUUCCAAAGAAUCUAUCCUGGAGCUCUGUGAUGACUACGACGACACGGAAAAGGAGUUUUACUUUGACCGUAACCCUGCUUUAUUCCCUUAUGUCCUCAACUUCUACAACACAGGUCGGUUGCACGUCAUGGCUGAACUUUGUAUCUUCUCCUUCAGCCAGGAAAUUGAAUACUGGGGCAUCAAUGAGUUUUUUAUUGAUUCAUGUUGCAGUAGCGCUUACCACUGUAGGAAAAUGGACAGGGAUCGGGUAGACUGGGAGGACAGAAGCGACGAGGGCAGCACAACGUCCUCUUUCGAUGACUUAUUAGAGUUUUAUAAUGAUGCCUCCAAGUUUGACAAGCAGAUUUUGGGGAAUGCAAGGAGGCAUGCAUGGCUUAUUUUGGACAACCCUGGUUACUCCGUGGCCAGCCGAAUCAUCAGCAUCUUGUCAAUACUGGUUGUGAUUGGAUCCAUCGCGACUAUGUGUAUGAAUAGCAUGAGUGAGUUUAGCCUUUUGGACAGCGAGGGCCAACCCAGAGAAGAUCCUCGUUUUGAAAUGGUUGAACAUAUUGGGAUUGGCUGGUUCACGUUGGAGCUUGUAGCGCGCUUUGUCGUCACCCCAGACCUCUUUCAAUUCUUUAACCAUCCUUUAAACGUCAUUGAUCUAAUCUCCAUUCUUCCAUUUUACCUCACACUGCUUAUCAACCUUGUCAUGGAGAGCACCCCAGCUCUGGCUAAUUUAGGACGUGUGGCGCAGGUUUUACGUCUCAUGAGGAUAUUCCGGAUCUUGAAAUUGGCACGUCACUCCACCGGACUCCGCUCACUGGGUGCCACUUUGAGAAACAGUUACAAAGAAGUGGGCCUGCUGCUGCUGUAUCUUGCAGUUGGGGUGUCUUUCUUCUCUGUCAUGGCUUACACUGUAGAAAAGGAGGACAGCGAAGAUCUCUCUACUAUCCCUGCUUGUUGGUGGUGGGCGACUGUCAGCAUGACCACAGUGGGAUAUGGAGAUGUCGUGCCAGUUUCCAUAGCGGGCAAACUAACUGCCUCAGCGUGCAUCCUGGCUGGCAUCCUAGUCGUAGUGCUUCCCAUUACGCUGAUUUUCAACAAAUUCUCACUAUUCUACAAGAGACAGAAACAGCUGGAGAUUGUGAUGAGGAGCUGCGAUUUCGACGAAGGGAUCAAGCAAGUGCCGUCGGUUAAUUUGAGGAACUAUUAUGCGCAUAAGGUGAAGUCGCUCAUGGCUAGUUUGUCCAAUAUGAGCCGGAGUUCCCCCAGCGAGCACAGCCUGAGUGAGUCGAUAAAUUGA